CAUCUUCCUGCCCUGCUUGGCGACCAUCGGUCAUGCCUUCCCUAUCGGCUACUACAUUUUCCCUGUGGUGUUGAAAUCCACAUUCCUGGAACAGUGUUAUUUCACAUUCUUCAAAUAACAAGAAGGCAGUUAGCAAAAGAAAGAGAAAAGAAUUGGAUUUAGAAGACUUGAGGUUGGGCCAUCUAUUCAUCCUAUAUAAGCUGUGUAGCAUCAGGUAAGUCAUUCCACUUUGAUUACCAAAUUUAACCUACAAAUGCUGCAUAGCUGAUGCCUUUCAGGUGUGCCAUACUGGCCACCUCCAUGUGGCGGCAAGAAUCCUCCUGAUUUACAGGUAAGUCAGUCGUGCCUAUAUGCCUCUUUUCCCCUUUCCAUCUUCUAGGCUCCCUGUGCAUGGCAUAGCACUGUCAAAUUACAACUGCACCUACUGCUGACCAUGAGGCUACCUAUCAGACUUGCAUGCAUUUCCUUCGCUUAUAACCCACCUUCUAAAGCCACCUCACUUGUUUUUUUUUGUUUGUUUUUUUUUUUUAAUAUGGUGCUUGCCAUUGAACCCAGAGCUUCCUGCAUAGUAAUCACAUGUUCUACUACUCAGUUUCAUCCAACAAAUACUUUAAAACUUUUCAAGUAGACUUAUCACGUAAUGCAUACUGUAUGCAAAUAAGGUAAAUAGCCUUCAGAGAAAUCGGUGUCUUAAUUCUUCAUAUCAAAUGUGAUUAAAUGCAAGUGUGUUUCUAUUGAAGAGGGGUAUGGGAAGAUGAAGGUUUCACACACACCAGCAGGAAGCAUGCUGACAGGAUUAGCAGGCCACACAUACUAAGGCAAAGGAGGUUUCCUUCCUCGAUUCUGUCAAAAAGACUGGUACACAUUGGUACAGAGUUAUCGCUGUGGCUAUUUUGGGUGUAUUUCUUAUGUUGGUAAGGAUGCUGAUGGUAGUUUUGGGCAUUGCAUAUGAACAACACCCACAUAAGCAGAGCCAUUCCACCCCUUCCUCAUCUGCCCACUCUUUGCCAGGAACAAUAAUAAGGCCACAUUAAUUGUACUCUUUGUAACUCAGUGACAUUGGCUGCACUGGUUGGGACCCUCAAGGUCUUUGGCUAGUUGUUUCCCUUUACCUGGUUCUCACCCAAGUAACUAACCAUUAGUAAUGUCAAACAUAUUUCUUACACAUCUUCAUCAGCUAUGGAAGCACACUGCUUAUUCAUAUCUUUUGACCACUUUUCACCUAGAUUGUCGAAAAUUUUCUUACAGAUGUGGUUCCAUGUAAUCUGAAAACAAGGCAUUUGUUAAUUAUGGACAUUCAAGAACAUAUGAAGUCUUUUUGUAUUAUAAGUGAUUCUGAUUUUACGCUGACUUACAUCUACUUAUGAUCUGAUUUUCUUAAUUUUUGCAUCUUUAUAACAGUAUUUAUAGGUAGUAAGCAGUGUUUCUUGGUGACUAUUUUAACUUACUUUUCAUAUUGUUGUCCUUACAUUGUUAUGCAGAUUUUAGAUUCAUCCUUAGAAGUUCUCUUUAAAGUUUUACAUGUAGUUAGGUUAUGAAUUAACAGGGUUGAUAUCUUCAUUUUACUGAAUGUUUCCAUUCAAAAUAUCACAUGCAUCCUAAAUCAAUAGCAAGAUAAACUAAUGAACAGGGGCAAGAUUCCUUAAAUAGGCCAACUCAUAUAUUGGAAAGCAAUUUUUGGCAGAAGCAAAUGAAGAAGACAUAGUCUUUUUGAUAAGAUUAUGGGAAAAUUCAUACCAUGUGAACAAUAGGAUCUUCACAACAUUUCAUACCAUGUACAAAAGAAUCCAAAAUAGUUCAUAGAUAUAAAGGUUAAUAGAUGACAUUUAAAAUAUCUAGAGAAGAAUACAGGAGAAAAAAAUUUGAUCUUGAAUUUUGAAAAGAUGGAACACCAAAAUGUGGUUCAUUAGGGAAUAAACUGGCAAGUUGUAUUUCAUGUAUAUGUGUGUCAAAUUUUCACAUUGUAUGUCUGAAAUAUACACAGUGUGUCACAUGUCAUUUGUCUCUAUAAAUCUUCCCUAGAGGGGAUAGGAACAGGAAUGCAGAACCACCUUCUAAGAGUUCCUGAGGCAUCACAUGUUCUUUGAAGGUGUCCUUUCCCAACACUAGUGACCUUCUUGCCUAGGGAUUUGUUUUUCACAUUUCACCAGUUCAGUCUUGCUGCACAGUGGCCAUCUUGGAUAUUUUCUGUUGAGCACUCGCCUUGAAAAUCCUGAAUAAAGACUUGCAUACAACGCUGUAAUCUUUAUAGUUGAGGUUUUAUUGCAGGCUGAUCUCGAGGCUGUGAGAUGGAGCGUGAGUAUAAAGAGAUACUGUUGUUGACCGGCCUGGAUGAAAUCAACGAGGAGGAACUGCAACGGUUCAAGUUCUUUGUCCUGGAUGAAUUUAAGAUCUCAAGGAGCAAACUGGACAAAGCUACAAACAGGACAGAGUUAGCUGACCAACUGAUUCAGAGUGCAGGCCCAGUGUCUGCAGUGACAAAGACCAUUUGUAUUUUCCGGAAGUUGAGCUACAUGCAUGCUGCAAACCGUCUUCAGGAACAAAAGAAUAAAGUUGAUAGUCGAUACAUGACAAAUACAAAGAAGAAAGGAACACAGGAAGUAGAAGAAAGAAGUAAAGAUGAAAACUGUUCUGGAGCCUCUGCCACAAGCAAAGAUGAAGCCUCCAAGAAACACUCUGCUCCAGAAGUCUGUCCUCAGGCUAAGCCUCAGAAGAAACAGAUCGUGGCAGGACAGGAAGCCACCAGAGAAGGUUUACAGAAAGACCCACUGGCUUUGCUGGUGCUGAAAGCUACGAUGCCUUUCGAGUGUGAAACUCAGAAAGGGAAGCAAACAAUAUUCCAUGCAACAGUGGCUACAGAGACAAAUUUUUUCUUUGUAAAAGUUUUAAGUGCAGAGUUUAAAGAUAAGUUUACCCCACAUAGAACAAUUAAAAUAUCAAACUAUCUUUGGUACAGUAAGUUCUUGGAGGUGACCAGCUCCUCAAUUGUGGUUGAGGCUGAUGCUGAUCACCAAGUCUGUGUGCCAAAUAGCAUUAAGGAAAAGGCUGGGAGGACUCCCAUGAUUAAGAAGCUGAAAACUGAGCCUCGUGGAACAAUUGUGAAUGGGAUGUUUAAAGUCCAGAAGAUAAUAGAACAGCGAAGAGACAGAGUACUAUAUGGUAUACAUGACAGUACAGGGGAGAUGGAAGUGUUGGUGUUUGGAAACCAGGACCAAGUAAAAUGUGAGGAAGGAGAUAAAAUUAGACUCACAUUCUUUGAGGUGUCAAAACGUGGAGAGAAAAUACAGUUGAAAUCAGGACCCUACAGCUUCUUUAAGGUUAUUAAGGCCACAAAGCCAAAAACUGAGAAAGAAAGUGCGUGUUGACAUCAACUCACCUAAACAGCAUUUUGUUGAAGAAUUUUAAUACUGCAUCCUGACUGAGCUGCCUGGGGACAACAGUUUACAGGCUCAUCAUCUUAUCCUGUUAGUUCAAAUAGGAUAAAUACUAGACAAAUUCUCUGUCAGAUGUAUAGCAAAUACAAAUACAAAUACAGAAAAAAAUCUAAUAAAAAUCCCAACACCAGGAAUGAGAAACCCUCUUUUGAGUUGUUGGUCAGGGUUGUCUAAGAGACUCCCUAAAUAUUACAGGCUACUGCAGUUGACCCCCAGAGGUGACAUUAAGUUUAUAUUGCUGAAGAUAACAUGCACUUCAGACACAGGGUUUAGAGGCAUGAGUUGUAACUGACCUGAUAGUCUUCUACCCAAGGAUUACCUUUCAUGAUCCCAGAAGAUGCUAUACAAGGUUCUAAAAGAGGGAAGCAACCAUCAGUAAUAUCCAGCUGUGAUGUCUAAGAACCAUAAAAGUGACUAGCAUGACAAAAUAAUCUUAAGGAUGAAUUAGUGUCAUGAAUACCUUAGUGGUAACCAACAAUUCUUUAAUUGGACUUAAGACUCACUCAACAAGAAAGAAAUCAUUCCUGAAAACUAGCCAACUCCCUUGGGCUAAUGAAGUGAAUUUUAGAGGAGAACCUACUACUACCACUUUACUAAACCAGCAUAAUCCUUAACUAUACUCUAAGUAUUCGUCCUUAUAUACACAUAGAUAAAUGUAGUCCUUAUAUUUCAUGAAGAAAAAUUUUCCUUGCAAUAGAGAGCAUUACAGAAAAUCACAAACAUGAGAAUACAGAGUUGUGUAUCCCAGUCCCAGUGGAUAUGUCUACAAUAGAACUCUUGCACCUAACAUUCAGGGAACAUUGUGGAAGAGGAGACAGAAAGGUUGCUCCUGGUGGCAAUGUCAGACCAGCAGCAGGUGGCAAUUGAGUUUCAGGUAUUCAGCUCACCAUAAUGCCAGGCACUGAUGGGUGAAUCUUCAACAGGUGUGGGUCACCGGCUUUGGAUCCAUAAUGUCUCUUGCUACUGCUGUGUCUUUACAUGUUUGCCACUGCCAUUUUUCUUUGGUAUCUGGCAUGGUGUAAAUGGGCAUGAGGG